CAUAAGACACGAUCUGAUAAACCAGUUCUUCUUUAAGAGAACUGCACCCAGAAUGUAGUUAUUGGGUUAUGAAAGGAAAUCAACCAAACAGUGUUAUACACGAAGGUGGAGUCUAAGUGUGUUCAAUAUUAUCAAUCCUGUGGAUGAUGCUGAUAUUCCAGUCAGGGUGAAGGAGGCUCUUGAUCAAUGGACUAUCGGUUACAGAGAAGGAUUGUGAUGAGGACAAUAUACAACAUAAACAUGCCUGACCCUUGCAAUUGAAUGACCGGAAGUAAUAGGAUCACCAGCAGAACGGCAUCAGUGCCCUCAGAGUAUAAUGCGGAAGUGACGUAGGCAGCGAGGCCGAUGUGGAAAAUAUGACACUCAUAAGACGGCAGGUGGCAAUGAUUGUGGUCCUGUGUCUACUGACUGCGAAGUCAGCUGACGCUAAAAACGAGACUAUGGAGUCUUGCCUCAAGGAGAGCAAUCCCCGACUGACGGACGAGCAGCGCCUCCUUAUGAUCCUGAUGCGGUCCUAUAAUAAUAAAACUAGGCCUGUCUACAACGCAUCACAUCCGGUCAACGUUAAAAUCGGACUCAGCAUCACACAGAUAUUUGAUGUGGAUGAACGAAAUCAAGUGCUGACCAUCAACGUUUGGCUUGACCAGGAAUGGCACGACGAGAAACUAUUCUGGGACCCAGCCGACUAUAAUGGACUGAAAGUAUUAAGGAUCCCGUGUACGAAACUUUGGCUACCUGAUAUCGUCCUCUACAACAGUGCCUCUAAUUACAACGAAAAGUAUAUGGAGGCCCUAGCCAUGGUUUCGUACACUGGUCACGUGUUCUGGCCGCCGAUCGUCAAACUCAAAAGCUCUUGUGAAAUGGACAUCACGUAUUUCCCGUUUGACGACCAGAUUUGUAAACUUAAAAUGGGAUCAUGGGCCUAUGACGGUUUCCAAGUCGACAUUUUCAACCGUUCUACACCCAUUGACCUUUCAAACUUUGUUGGACAUGGGGAAUGGGAACUUAUAGACACAAAGGCUGUUCGGAACGUAGUUGUCUACCCUUGUUGCAAAGAACCGUUCCCAGACGUCACUUUCACAGUCCACAUCCGGCGACGCACAACGUACUACCUGUAUAACGUCAUUAUACCGUCGGUAAUGCUGUCGUCACUGGCUCUUCUGGGAUUCUGGUUGCACCCCGACGGUGGCGAGAAGGUGACGCUCGGGUUGACCGUGCUUCUAUCAUUAUCCGUCUUUAUGCUGCUCAUCGCCGAGAACACUCCAGCUACUUCUUUUUAUAUCCCACUACUAGGGAUUUAUUUGAUAACAACGAUGUCCUUCACUUCCGGUUCCGUUGUGGUCGCAGUGAGCGUGUCCAGUAUCCAUGCACGCGGUUCAUACAAUAAAAAGGUACCAACCGGUCUUAAACGGUUCAUUAUGUGUCUUUCGAGGGGAAUUUGUAUGGAGACCAAAUACAUUAACAAAUGCUUUUAUGACGAGGUCCAACAGCCAAUGGUCGAGAUCAUAUCCAAGCCUAUGAAUGGCGAACUUAAUGGAAACAUCCAGAAUACGGUGUGCCAGGAGGAACGGCGUAAAAUUCUGGAAGGUUACGACGAACAAAUUACCUCCCCUCCUCCAAUCAUAUCAACCGCUGAUGAACAAAAGCGCCACCGGUCACAUCCGGGCUCUUUUAAAAAGAGUCACGAAACCAAGUGCUGUGAACCAUCUGAAGAUAAACCGGAUGUGUACAAUGGAGCGAUCCUUGACACAUUGAAGUGCCUUCUGGAUCAAAACAAUGCCAGACAACGAGAGGAGGAGUUAAAGAAACAAUGGGAAGAGGUUGCUAUGGUGAUAGAUCGAUUCCUUUUCUGGGUUUUUCUGUUUGGAAACAUACUUUCAUCGUUAUAUCUUCUCGUGUUGUGUCCAACGGUAAUGCAAAAUAAGUCCAUUGAUUAAGUGACCAUCCGUACAUAUCUAUAUGUAUCUUCACUGUAAUGUAUUUUUAUGAGAAAAAAAAUGUGCUUUUCAUGACGCCAUUAUGACUUAUAUUUUACAUUCAUGUCAUGACGUCAUAACAUUGUCUUGUAAAGCGUCAUUCCAUUUGAUUGUAAUGUAAAGCGAGUGGCGUAAACUAGAUGUGGUCCUUAUUGACAGAUAUAGAGUUGUUUAUUCUGUGUGGCUUGUUAGCAUAUCCUCCCUUACUCACUACGGGUUUGCAUUUCUUGGUCACGUGACAACAGCUCGCUGCUGGUCCACUAUUACAUUGUAGUGAAAUAAACGUAACGUUAAACACGCAUUCACACUGAUCAUGACGUCAUACAACAAGAAUUUGUGACAACAUCUUUUUUCACGGAAUUAGUUUCUGAUCUGAGACCGACAUGUUGUGUUAUCAAGUGAAAUAGAUCACACUGCAGGUGAAAAAGUUCACCAAUACUUGUGAUGAUUGUUGGUUUUCAUGUGUAUCUAAACUUUCGUUAGUUCAUUUUGAAAUAAAAAUAAGUUUGGUAAA